AUGACAGAGCUGGAGUAUCAAAGGGGUUCUACUGUAAUACCAGAAGUUGGUACAAUGUACUUAACUACUUCAAGUGGAUAUCCUUAUAUUUACCAUAAUGGAGUGGCUUAUUUUCAUACAUCUGAAGUUGCUUCUGUUCCACAGCCGUGGCCACCGCGCUCCGUUUCCGGUUCACCUAUGAUGGUAGCUCAACCAGUUUAUCAGUCUCCUACAUACCAUUAUCAGGCACCAACACAGUGUCUUCCAAGUCAGUGGCAGUGGUCUGUUCCACAGUCUCCUGCCUCUUCACCGUCAUUCUUGUAUCUGCAGCCAUCUGAAGUCAUUUAUCAGCCAAUAGGGAUUACCCAGGAAAGUGGAUGUAUACCUCCGCCUCUCCUAGUGGAAGCUGCAGUUCCUGAGCUGUAUUCUGAUCAUGGAGUUCAAGCACCACAUCACCAGCCUUAUGCCCAGAGUGCCAUAGCCAUACCUGGACCUGUGAUUCUCCAACAAGAACCUAUCAAGACACUGUGGAGCAUUCACUAUUAA